AUGGAGCCCAAUAUCGACCUCGUUGCCGACAUUAAAGCAACUGCACCUCCUGUGGGAGAUCACUUGACAUACCUCAACUUCGUUAAAAAGAUAUUGGUUGAAGAUCAACCCCCAGCAGACUUGCGAUUGGAGCUUCUUUCGUCUCUAAAUGAUGUUCUUCAGGAUAAAGUACGGGCGAAUUUGAUAGGAUGGGACAUCAUGCCUACUCUUCUUCAAGUUCCUGGCGCUGAAUCUUGCCUGAUCACUAUCGCACGUCUCGCAAAUCCUAGAGAGAUUAUUAUAGGAGUUGUGGAGGCAAUGUCAGAGCUGGAUCUAGAGGGUGUCGAAGAUAAUUGGGAUAAAGGACAAAUCGACAAUGAAGAAGGAACAGCAACCAGAGAGUCGAAUGACAUUGAUCGCUUUUGCCUUCUCCUCAGUCUGCUUGCUAUAAUACACCCUCGAAUCAAGACUAAACAUCCUUCACGCUUCCUCGCAAAUUCUAUAGAUACAAUUACGAACGUAUUCCAUCCUUCCCACAAAGCAGUACUUUCAGUUGUCAAAUUUCUGCACACAUUGUCCGGCAAGAAGCGACCUACACUCCCUGGACGAAAAUCAAGUAUCAGCAUUACCAAUCUUAUGCGCCCCGAAGUAGAUUCUUCACUGCCAACUGCGCCAGAUCCAGAACCAGAAGAGGAGGAUGCCUACGAGUCUGCGAUUCAGAAGAAGCUGUUACAGGGAUUUGCAAUACAUGUGCUGGAUCUUUAUAUAAACGACCAUCCGAUAGAGUGGGCAGGGCGUCUGCAAGAGUUGUUCGAUCCCAAACGAGUCGUGGCUGGCAGAACAGGUUUGUGUGUGGCAUUUCGGAUCGACCCCAGUCUUCAAAUUCGGGAUGAAAUGGCUGGACAGCUUGUAGCUCUUUGUCGUGAUUUAGGACUCGCCGAUUACAAUCUGCUUUUCGAUACGAUAUAUGCAACCCCGCCAAUUGCGCAUGUGCCGACACAGCACGAAGACCCUAGCGACAACUUACCUGACUCUGCCGAAGAAAUUCCACUAUCGCCAGAAGGUAGCCUGUUCCUCCUCACUUCUCUCAUAUUCUCUUCCGUCAUGUUCAAGUCGAAGACACCGGAGCCCAUCAUGUCUGUAUUUCCAGACCACGCCAAAUUAGUCGCUCGGUUUUUCGAGUCUGAAUCUGGUUCGUCUAUCGCUAUUGUUGAUGCUGUAGUUGCAAUUGGUCUAUGGCUAGAAAAUUCAAAUAAAUUUGUGUCUGGGGAAUUUAAAGACAAUGAUUAUAUCGCACAUUUACGCGCUUUAUCAUUGUGGUCUGCCACGAAUCCUUCCGCGGGCUUGCGCUACUCUACACAUAAACUCACUUCUGCCAUUUUACACACCCACCCUGUGGAUACCAUGAGACUGACUUUCAUCUCUAAGACGCUCCAGGGUUCGCAAGAUGAAAUCAGCACUAUAGCUCUGAAAGCAUCUGCAAUUACUUGGCUCAAAGAAGAGUUGAUCACAGCUCACGAAAGGAAGUCGCAAAACCUCUUCUCCACCACCUCUGCUCUACUGGAGACAAAAUCUCAAAUCUUCCCAAAUCUUUCAUCUCUUGUCGACAAAUCGGAUGAAGAAUUGGCUGAUGAAUUGAUGGAGUCUUUUGCAGUUCACAUGGCUGCACUGAAUUUCCUCUUCUUCAUCACAGCAGAGCAGUAUACGAAUAGGGUGCCAUCUGGGAUGAUGAAAGGAGUCGAGAGCGAAUACCUAGACCCCUUAAAGGCUGCCCAGGAAAGAGUAUUGGAGUCUCUAGUUACGGCCGAAGAUGUGGAAGCUCCACACAUGGAACUGGAAUUGUUGGGUGAACAGAUCUCCAUGUGUUUAUCGAAACUUCAUGAGAAAUGA